GAAUGCAUACAUCAAUUCGAAAACGCGAUUGCGAUUUCUCUUCUUCUCAUCCAGCUACACUCAUCGGCGGUCGAGGAAUUAGAUCGGCGAUAAUUUUCCGAUAUCUUCUCCAUUGCUGGUAUCUCCGGCGACCGGCACUAUGAAUGAGAAGGCCAACGUUUCAAAGGAACUCAAUGCGAAGCACAGAAAGAUUCUCGAAGGACUCCUUAAGUUGCCAGAGAACAAGGAGUGUGCAGAUUGCAAAGCCAAAGGUCCUCGAUGGGCUAGCGUGAAUCUGGGGAUCUUUAUAUGCAUGCAAUGCUCCGGGAUCCACAGAAGUCUAGGAGUGCACAUAUCAAAGGUUCGAUCAGCGACACUAGAUACAUGGCUUCCUGAACAAGUUGCCUUUAUUCAAUCAAUGGGAAACGAGAAGGCAAAUAGUUAUUGGGAAGCACAGGUUCCUACAAAUUAUGAUAGAGUUGCUAUUGAGAAUUUCAUCCGUGCAAAGUAUGAAGAUAAGAGGUGGAUCCCUAAGGAGACAGAAAAAUCAGCUUCCAGGAUUCAAGAAAGGAGGGCCACAGAGAAACAACAAAAACAUUCUGACAGAAGUGGGUUUGAUCAUGCUAGUAAUUCCGGUGGGUCAUCUGUCGAGAGGGUAAGCCUACAACGCCCUAGCACAAAGCAAGACUUACCUGCGGCUAGAUUCAGUAUACCUCUGCCUCCAAGAGGGCCAGAGCAAACAAGUCAGAUGACACAACCAAUUGCAGUCACUGAAUCUGCAAAGCAGGUCACAGAAAUUGCUGAUCCUCCUAAAGUUGAGACUGCUACUGAUCUUUUCGACAUGCUUUCUAUGGAUUCUCCAAGUGACAAUUGUGCAAGUGCUGCUCCUGUAGAGGAUAACACAUGGACAGCUUUUCAAUGUAUUCCUUCUCAAGAAGAAGUAGAAGCAAAAAGCGGUGUUGCAAAAUCUGAUCAUCGGAAAUGCCAAUCCGCUUCUGCAAUUGAUGAUUUAUUCAAGGAUUCAUCAACACUGUCAUCAUCAGUUUCAACUUCUUCCUUGUCAGAGAAGCUUCCGAAAGAUGUCAAAAAUGAUAUCAUGAACCUUUUCGACAAGUCCAAUAUGGUGUCACCAUUUGCUAUGCAUCAGCAACAACUUGCCCAGCUAGCUCAACAACAGUCUCUUCUUAUGGCUGCUGCCGCUGCUAGUGGCAAUUUGAAAAUCCCUGGGGAUGUUCAACAAAGCCCAAAUGGCUCCAACAUAGUAAACCAAAGUUGGCCACAUGUAGGCUACCAGUUUCCUGGAAUGAUGAUGCCAGCCAGUGGAAAGACUGAACUGGAGAAAUAUUUUCAGGCGGGAGCAGCACAUUCAGCUGGAAACUUUGUGCCAGUAUCGACAUCCAGUGUUUAUCAAAUGGGACAGAAUCAUUCCGGCAAUGGUACAGUUCCUUCUAUGCCGAGUGGAGAUGCUGCUACCACACUUUCAUCAAGUUCUACACAAUCGACAAAAGAAGACGACUUUUCAUCUCUGACUCAAGGCAUGUUCUCGAAACGCUGAAACUUUUUAAGUAUACUAGUUUUCGGAUCAUAGUAUACAUAUAGAGUUUUAAUAGAAAAAUAGCUACACACUGAGGGAUAUGCGUUGCUUAGGAGAUUUUAAAUUAAUUGUAAAAAACGCAACACUCAGUUUACUUGAUAUCUGUUGAUUAAUAUUUGUAGGUAGAAUAAUAAAGAUAUUGAACAGUUCAUCUAAGAACAGAAACAGCUAAAAUUAGAUUUAUUGCUCAACUCAUUAGCAAUUUUAUUUAUACAUUUGGGGUCAAUUGGUUUUGUAA